AUGUCAAAGGUAGUAAAACAACUCGGGUUGCUUGAUCAGAUCAUACUGACCUCUCGGGUCCUCCACGGCUUCAACAUGGCCAAUGAAGUAACGAAAGGGGAGAUCUCCCUCUCGGUUGACAUGUCCGGUACAGUUCAGAACACCAAGCUCCACAUCAUCGAUAGUGACAUGAGGUACAACGCAUUGCUUGGCAGGUCGUGGAUACACAGCAUGAGGGCAGUGCCGUCAACUCUACACCAGGUGAUGAAGUUUCCAACAAAGGAUGGUAUAACAACAGUAUAUGGAGAACAACAUGUGGCAAAAGAAAUGUUUGAGGUUUACCAGGAGACCCCCGAGGGUGAUGAAGAAGAUUUCCUAGCUCCUCGAACUUUCGUUGCCCCCGAAGAGUCGGAUGCAAUGAAAUCGACAAUUGAAGAGUUGGAGCAAGCUGUUUUGAUCGAACAUCUCCCAGAUCGAAAG